AAGCCGCGGAUUCUGCUUAUGGGGCUGCGGCGCAGCGGGAAGUCUUCCAUCCAGAAGGUGGUAUUUCACAAAAUGUCUCCCAAUGAGACUUUGUUCUUGGAAAGUACCAACAAGAUCUACAAAGAUGAUAUUUCCAACAGUUCGUUUGUGAAUUUCCAAAUAUGGGAUUUCCCUGGACAGAUGGACUUUUUUGAUCCAACAUUUGAUUAUGAGAUGAUCUUCAGAGGAACAGGUGCUCUAAUAUAUGUUAUUGAUGCCCAGGACGACUACAUGGAAGCUUUAACGAGACUCCACAUUACAGUUUCAAAAGCGUACAAGGUCAACCCAGAAAUGAACUUUGAAGUUUUUAUUCAUAAAGUUGAUGGUUUAUCAGAUGACCAUAAAAUAGAAACUCAGAGGGAUAUUCAUCAGAGGGCUAAUGAUGAUCUCACGGAUGCUGGGCUUGAAAAACUUCACCUUAGCUUUUAUUUGACCAGUAUCUAUGACCAUUCAAUAUUUGAAGCUUUCAGUAAAGUGGUGCAGAAGCUCAUUCCACAACUGCCAACCCUGGAAAAUCUACUAAAUAUCUUUAUAUCAAAUUCAGGCAUUGAAAAAGCUUUUCUCUUCGAUGUAGUCAGCAAAAUCUACAUUGCAACAGACAGUUCCCCUGUGGACAUGCAGUCAUAUGAGUUGUGCUGUGACAUGAUCGAUGUAGUGAUAGAUGUUUCCUGUAUAUAUGGGUUAAAAGAAGAUGGCACUGGAAGUGCUUAUGAUAAAGAGUCAAUGGCAAUUAUCAAGCUCAAUAACACAACAGUCCUGUACUUAAAGGAAGUAACAAAGUUUUUGGCAUUAGUUUGCAUUCUUAGAGAAGAGAGUUUUGAGCGCAAAGGUCUGAUAGACUACAAUUUUCAUUGCUUCCGCAAAGCCAUUCAUGAAGUCUUUGAAGUAGGUGUUGCCUCCCACAGAAUCUGCAACCAUCAAUCAAACACCUCAAAUAUGAAAGCAGUGACUCACAAUGGCACACCUAGGAAUGCAGUCUAGAGGAAAGCUAAAGACCUUGGAUAGACUUGUCAGCUCUUCACUCCAAAGUUUUGUGAAACAAGAGGAGUAGUCUGAAAGCCUGAAGAGGAGAAGAGUGGUGCUAACUGUGGAACAGCAGCUUGUAACUCAUGUUGGACAACUGAAACUACUGUAAAAAUACUUUGAGGCCAGUGGAGUCAGAAAUGCCAGUUUGAAACCAGCGGUAUUGCAAGUACAGUAGUUUUUCAGUUUGGAGUCCUAUUUUAACAGUCUGUCUCUGACUGAUUGCCUGGUCAAAACAAAAAUUAUUGAGUUGAGUUUUGUGUUAAACACUGAAUAGUCACUUGCUCAACUUCUUUUUUAUUAUUUUUAAUUAAUCUGUAGAUUAUCCACUUUUGCUUAAGUUUCCCUUUUUGUCAUACAAAA